AUGGCACAGGAGGUGUCGCUAGGUAACUCCGGGAAAUCCUCCAACCAAGCUUGGCCGCGUUCAUCUUCUUCUCCAAGGCUUCGUCAACAAGCUUUCAUCGUCAGGUCAUGGAGCUUUGCGUCGGCGUCUGCAGCUCAGAGGCCUGCGAGUUCGAUGGCAUGGCUAGUGCGACUUGGCGAUGGGCGGAGGCCGUCUUCCUAA